CCCCACCCCACCCCACGCCUUUGGUAGGGGGGUAGAGUAGUAGAAGUAGAACUAGUAUAGAGAGCACACACCCAAAACCAAAACCAAAACCAAAAGCCAAAACCAAAAACCAUGUCAGCCCUUGUGCUCAAAAUGACCACAGCAACCUCUCCUAUAAAACCCCACCCCCAAAAUCUCCUCCUCCCCAAUUGGGUCCGCCCUCGUUCUCUCUCUCGCUCCUCCUUCACAACCACCCACCACCCAACAACCCUCCAGACCCAAACCCAAAAUCAGAAUCGCAAAUACAAGUGGUGGAGGAUAGCACCACCACUACCCUCACCCUCCUCGACUCCCCUGCUUGGGCCCAGAUUCCGCGGCCCAUAUAAAUGCCUGGCCAUUUAUCCCUCCUCUUCAUCUGCUAGCGGCGGUCGCUCCGAGAAUCAAGGAGAGGGUGGUCUUAUGGCCGAUAUGGGUUCCCAGAAUCAUAAAGGCCAUGAGUGGUUCGACGGCAAAUUGUACGCUGAUAAAGACGGAUUGCUUUCCCCUAAUCACGAUGCCCAAUCAACGCCGCCUCAUCAAUCCCCUAAAUUGCUCACCUUGCCCACCAUUCUCACCCUCGGCCGCGUCGCCGCCGUCCCCGUUCUCAUCAGCACUUUCUAUGUGGAUAGUUGGUUGGGAAAAACUGCUACAACAAGUAUAUUCAUAGCUGCAGCGAUUACCGACUGGCUUGAUGGCUAUCUUGCUCGCAAGAUGAGGUUAGGGUCGGCUUUUGGUGCAUUUCUGGAUCCAGUCGCUGAUAAGCUCAUGGUUGCUGCUACACUGGUUUUAUUGUGCUCCAGACCUCAAGAUGUUGCUGCAUUUGGGCAAGUGCCAUGGCUGUUGGUUGUUCCUUCAAUUGCCAUAAUAGGUAGAGAGAUAACCAUGUCUGCAGUUAGAGAAUGGGCUGCUUCUCAGAACGCCAAGCUUUUAGAGGCUGUUGCUGUAAAUAACUUGGGAAAGUGGAAAACAGCCACACAGAUGAUCGCACUAACUAUCCUCUUGGCCACCCGAGAUAGCAGUCUUGGAGGGCCAGAGUUUGUAGUAGCCUCUGGGGUUGUUCUGCUUUAUAUAUCAGCAGGGCUUGCUGUAUGGUCUUUAGCUGUGUAUAUGAGCAAGAUAUGGAAAGUACUGCUGAGGUAGCCAGUGGUGCUGCUGCUCUAUCUUCUUACGGAUAUACAUCUCAUCUGAGCAAUCAUUUCAAAUGCGAAGAACUACUUGUCAGUGCUCUGUACAUGAACCCAUUGAUGACCGUUAUCGCACAUUGGAGCAGCAUUUUGCUGAUAGUUGAUGAAGGAGGAUAACAUUAUUGCUAAAGUUCCUGCAGUAUUAAGUAAAUUUCAUAUUUCGGGGUGGGUAGUGUCAUUGUGUUUUAGUGGCUGCCCUCAACGACUUUAUAUUCUCACUGCUGUCAGGUUGGUCUGAUUUUUUGGGAUAAUAUUCGGGAUACAGAUGUUGAAACAAACUUUCCUCACAUUACACAGUUUGGUUCAAUUCUUUUAUCAGCCCAUUUAUUUGCAAGAUGUUGGUUCUUUGAAGCCGGGGUGAGGCUGGGGGGUGCAUUAUUAAUUCAUUUGCUGCUGAAGUUUGGUGUUGGAGAUGGUUUAUGCUUGUUGAUUUUUUUUUAAAGUGUAAACCUAAAUUACAAAGAAACAGCUUUUUUAGUUCCUCUUAGUUGUUUACUUUUAUAUCCUUGGAGAAACAUUUUCACUUUUUUUUCUAGGUC